AUGCAAGUAAUUAAUACGCAUGAUGUGGAAGAUGUGGACAAGACGCUGGAUGAGAAGUACCCAGUGUUUAAGAAAAAUAUCCUCCCUCAGUUGAUAGACUUUCGAAAACGCUGGGAUGAGUAUGCAUUGAACAUGAGGAAGGAUAUUUUCAUUCACACACUAAACUUAUUCAAUGGCCUAAAAAAUCAAGUGGAGAAAUUCUAUGAAAAUGUGGCACCAGUUCUUGAGAAAGGGUGUGGCAAAUUACGCUUCGAGGUAAAAGAAUUGCAUGCAAAAAUAGUUCCAUAUUUGGAAGGUUUGAAAAAUGAACUGGAAAAGAAUCGUAAAGAAAUGCAUGGUGAAUUGGCCAAGCGCUAUGUUACUCUGGUAGAAAAAGAAAUGGAUGCGCUAAGGGAAUCCAUCAAACCACAUUUCAAAGAUUUAAAGCAGGAGGUGGUCCCACAUGCUAGAGAUUUGCAAGAAUAUUAUCACUUAUUUUGCCUAUAUGUAAAUAAAAUAAUUUUUACGUGUUUGGAAUUUGUGGGUUUAUACGUUGUUAUUUUUUAA